UACAAAUUAAGAUUUUAAAAAAUAUAGCUUGUACAGUAAUAUAUUUUUAAUCAAAGAUUUAUAAAGUUUCACACUAAAAAUUAUAAUAAUAAAUAUUAAAAAUCAAGAUAAAUACACGUCGAUAUUAUGAUCAAAAGAAUGUUUUAAUUUUUAUUUUAUGCAAUCACUUUAUAUACAUAUAUAUUAUUUUUAAUUUAAAUGUGCUGAAUGAUGGGCCAUGUAUCAGCAAUGACUUUAUUAUUUUAUAUAUUCUUAUGUCCAACAAGAUAACAAAUAAAAGAUGUCAUUAUUGUAUUGCUAACAAAUGGCCUCUUAAUCAUGACUUGCUAUUCGAUGCAAUAACUAUUAUUUUCUAAAUUAGUUCGCCAGAAGUAUGCAGACAGACUACGACCAGUGCAAGUCGAUUUACAUACUUAUAGUGAUUCGAAAUUAAAGACUACAUAUUUGGAAAAGGAAGAUUUGUAAUAAAAUUUGUAUUAACAUCAAAGUGCAUCGAUAAUAAUGAAGUACUGAAUAAAUUUUUUGCAACAGAUGUAAUUAAGUAGUGUAGCAAAAACCCAUUAUAAUUGGCAAAAUUGUUAAAAAUUUUUUUUGUUAAUCUUGAAUUUUGAGUUUUAUAAUCAGCCGAUUCGAUUCAUAUUUUGCCUUCAUAAAACUAAGUCUUUGGAUACCUAAUAGCAAAAAUAAAGUUUAAAAAAGUUAAGUCGUUUAAAGAAAUUUUGUAGAUAAAUGAAUAGACAAAUGGACGGCCAGCUCAAUACUAUAAAAUUGUAAAAUAGCUACGCUGCACUACUUAAUAAAUAUAACUAAGUAGUAACUAAAUAUAUUAAAUUGCUAUUUUCUUAUUUCAAUAUAUUAAUUACAUUUAAUUUGUCGCAGAAAUUUAAAAGUUAACUCAAAAACCAAAGAAAGAGUGAAAAAAUGGAGGUUGUUUCAUGCUACAGAUUUUGAAUCCUUGAUGUAUCCUAAUUUUAUCACAAGCAAGAUUAUUGGAAUAUUUCCAUACAAGAUUAAGACUUUGUCUUUCGAAACUUCUAAACCGCUUUUUAUAUUGUGGACUAUUAUUUUGUUCGUGUUCUGUGUUUAUGGGCUGACGUUAUUGUAUGAAUACAAUCUUCCUGAAUUUAAGCUGGAGGAAACCAAGAUUAUUUCGUAUACUUUCAGUUUAAUAUAUGGAAUAUUCGUAAUAGUCAUCUCGUAUAUCUUGAAUGGUCCACGAAUGUAUUUACUCCAGACUAUAUUAAAUAUUUCUUCGAAAUUAUCUCAACAGUCAUAUCGGAAACUAUCUAAAUUAAUACAUGCAAAGGACAUCUUUGGUUUUUCCUUUGUAUUAGGGAUAGGGUUAAUAUAUACCAUACAUCAAAAUAUUUAUCAUAAUAUUUACAAAAUUCCAUAUGAACCGUUCAGAACGUAUAUCACUAUAUUAGCGUUUCAGAUGGAUAUGCUAUAUAUAAAUUGUGUUUGCGUGUUAAAAGCUUGUUUUAAAGAAAUCAAUGACAAUCUGGAAAAUCUGCGAGAUCUCAUGAUGAAUAAUAUCCCCAAAUGGAUCUGUCACAAGCAGAGAUAUCCAUUAUUGCUGAUAAAACUCAAGGCUCUAAAGAAAGAACAUCUAAUGAUCAGUAACGCAAUACAGAUGUUAAAUGUAAUUUUCAGUCCGCAACUUCUCGGUACCGUAAUGUCAUACUUCAUGUUUAUCAUAUUCGAUGUAUAUUUCCAAUUAAUACAAUGGCAAGAUGGAAUAUCCUUCAAUUUAAAUAAAAUUUAUAAUGGGUAUUUUAUAUCAUUUAUGUUGUAUUACUUCACAAAUAUGAUAUUGAUAGUGUGGACUUGUGAAACUUGCAAAAAUCAAACAACAAAAAUCUGUACUACCGUUCAUGAUAUGCUUAAUAACGCCAACAAUAUGCAAAUCAACAAUGAGCUGCAUCUAUUUUCCUUGCAAAUAUUUCAUUGCAGAAGUAUAUUCUCCGUAAAAGGUCUCACUGUGGAUGCAACAUUGCUCACUGUGGUGAGUGAUCAAAUAUGUAUCUUAAUUAAUAACGUUUAUAUUAUUUACAUAAACUGCUUUUUAGAUGGCAAAUAGCAUUAUCACAUAUCUAUUAAUUUUAAUACAAUUCUUGAUUGUAUCGCAUUCUUGUGAUGAAAAAGAAGUACAAAAGACGAGUACAAAUUAUACACAAGCGAUUUAAUUAUAGAAGACAUAUAACCAAAGAAAUGCGUUUAGAAAUAUUGCUAUAAUUGUAUGUAAAUCAAUUUUUUAAUUUUCUAUUAACUCUUAUAAGUUUAAUACUACUUUUUUGGCAUUGUAAAUAGAAUCGUUCAACUUUUCUAUUUUUAUGGAAACAUACAAAUACACAUAUAUUACGCACAUACAAAGGUAAAAAAUCUUAUAGCACAUAUAUGUUAAUAAUCACAAUGGUAUGUAAAUAAAAAUGUAAAAUUUUAUUUUAUUAAACAUAUCAUAUUAAACAUAAUAAAUAAAUAAUUAAUUAAUGUGUAUAAAUAAAAUGUAUUAUACAAUCUUAGUUGUUUGAUUGUUCUUACAUCGCAGGCAAAAUGUAAAAUUACAAAUUUUAAUAAAGUAAUAAAAUUUUUUAAUUUAUAUACUUUUGAUAACAAAUAUGUAUAUAAUUAAUAUUUUACAUGUUAUUUAUGACAGUACGUCGUUUUGUAACUGCAUAAUAAUAAUUUAAGCAUAUACAAUUAUAAAUGUAAAUUUAAUUAAAUUUUUAUUUUAUUCAUAUCAUAUCAAAGUAAAAAUUUGUUAAUGAAUUUUGUUAUUGGUAGCUAAAGUACAAUCUAAUGACGUUUUCAAUUAAAGCUGGAUUAACCCGUCUCAGGUUCUUUUUCUCUAAAACUGGCCAAUCAGUUAUUCCAUUCUUCAUACGAAUGGCUGUAAUUGGUCUUAUGACGUCAUUAAUCGCUCCCGGAGCGAUUAACCUAACCCGGUCAAAAACGCUAUAAGUUGCAAGAAUAAUUUGUAAAUAAUGAUAUAUGGUAAGUUUUAAACACUUUUAUCAAUAUUUUAAUUAGUAACUCUCGGACUUCUAUUACUUAAUUCUAAUGUAAAUAAUAAAUAGUAGCGUUGUGUUUGCAUCAUAACUUAGUUUAUGUGACACUUUCCUGAAUAUUUUUCCUAUUUUAAUUUUUUUUAGACAUGUAUCACAUAAUGGCAAUACUUUUGUAUAAGAUAUUACAUAUAAGUUAAAUUUAAUUUAUUAUUUUAUGUAUUACAAUGUAUCACCGCUAAGUAGUUAAAAUAGUUUGUUUAUAAAUAAAAAUAACGUGUUAAUUAUUCACGUUUUAUUUAUAAUUUGAUAAAUUGAUAUUUUUUAAUAAUAUCAUUAACUCAUUAUUAUAAUGAAUAGACUUUUUGUCAUAUUUUUAUUUUUAUUGUGUGUAAAAUACAUUUAGUUUAAUAUCGCUAAAAGAAUGAGUAUCUUGAGAUAAUUUUUUGUUCAAAUGAAUAAAUUAUUUAGAUUCAAGGAGAAAUUUCAAUUCAGUUCUAAUUUAGAUAAUUAGUUAGAUUAAUUCUAAUUGAAAUAGUAACAUAAUUCAUUUUAUUAAUUUAUAUAUACUCCAAUUCUGAUAUUAGUACCUUUACAUGGAAAUUACAUCUUUACAAAAAAUACAGUGUAAUUUAGCAAUAUUUUAGACUGCAAUAUAUUUAUGUAAAAAUAAAGUCUAAAUUACUUCAAAUUUUAUAUAAUUUAUAAUUAGAAAUUAAAAAAUAGGAAAAUA